AUGUCUAGUAUAUUAAAGCUUUGUAAAAUAAACAAUUUUGCACCUGCGGACUAUUCGUUCAACGACUUUAUAUAUGCUGCUAUUGCACACAGUGCUGCACCAGAUAGUAGCAACUUUAUGCUACCCGAUAAUGCAACGACUGCUAUGAUGUUAACUCAUAGCCAGACUACCAAAAGUAUAUCGGAUCCUUUGAUUUGGAUGAUGAGCACAAUGAACAACCAGUUGAAAGGUCUGGCAAACCAGGUUUUGCUCAUAACUGGUGAUAUCACUUUAUUCAACCAGACCAUGACUUGCCUCCAGGAGACUGUGAUCAAUAUCCUCGCUGGUCAGGCUGCUAUUCACAAUGUUGCUUCCAGAUGUAAUACUACAUCAAGCACUGAACUUUUUGGUGGUUUUUCAUCUUUGAUGGAAGAAGACACACAGAAAUAUCAGUAA